AUGUCACAGAAUCGUCCCAAAGUCAGUAUUGCUAUCAAGGCCCCCGGCCGUGGCGAGCCGCAGAGAAAUGAAGACGGCAGUGAAAAAAUAAACCUCUUGCUGAGUGCUGUCUUCAUUGACCCUCUUGAUGCCAAAGCUUAUUACCAGUUCCUGAGCGACAAAGCUGAGGAAUACCCCAAUUACGAGACCGCACAUUUCCAUGAUUGGAGCGAGGUGCAAACCAUCGUGAAAAUCGAGGGCCGCGAACCAGCAGGCUUCCCGAGAUCAGAGAAUGAAUAUUACACGUGCUCGUUCGAGACUAAGGAAGACGCAGACGCUUGGGAAAAAUACACUGGAAUAUGGGUGAAGGACAGCAGUUGUCCCGCAACACAAAGGGUUCUGAAGAGGACGUGGGACCUUGACACCUUUGCAGCACUCCUGGGACGAAAGCCUGAAGACAUUCGCACUUGA